UGUCACAGAGUGCAUCUAAUGGCGGAAUUCUGCUCCAAAUCGGUCUGAUCCUCCUAUUUUUUCUGUCCUAGCGGCAACUGUGACACGUUAUUGUAUGUUUUACCAUUAGAAAGUGAUUUUAGAUGUUCUGUUACUGUCGCUGAUGAUGUGUUUAUGUGCAAUAAGAUAGAUUUUUUUCACAUGUCAGUAAACUAGUCGUGUGUCGUGAAUGGUAUCAUUGCAGUCAGUGACGAUGGAGAUGCAAAAGACAGAUAGCGCUAAGAAGCGCCAGCAGGCAGAAGAUGAGCUUGAAUCCGGAGUAAAACGACCGGAAAAGUCACUUGCUAUAGUGACGGUCAGUGUCGUGGAUCUGCUGAAAAAAGCCCCCAACGGAAUAUUGAAUUUGGGCAAAGCCACUCAAAUUUUGGACAUACGCCAGAAACGUCGUAUUUACGAUGUGACCAAUGUGCUCGAAGGAAUCGGAUUGAUCGAAAAGCACGAGAAAAAUAGCGUGAAGUGGCGCGGUGACUCUAUUGCUCCGGAUCCAAGAGAUGUGGCACGGCGUACCCGAGUGCUAAAGCACGAACGGAACUCUUUACUGCAAUACGAAGCUGCUAUUAACCGGCAUCUGAAAGUCAUUCAAGAAGCCAAUGCAAACUCGAGGGCCGACGAGUGCAACACUUCCUUUGCAUACCUCACAAGUCAAGACCUUACAGAAGCUUUCGGAGAUCGAACAACCAAUCUGGUGGUAAAGCACCAGUCCAAGCAACCCGAAGCAAUCAAUGUCGACAGAAAGACGAGUGUUCUCCAUGUUUCCUCUACCGAAGGACUCCCACUGGACGUUAGAUUGCUCCGUGAACCGCACGGAUCGUGCUUUACACGACCUACAAGAAGAGCCAACAUUCAACGAAGGCAAAGAAAACACCAGUUUAAGCGGAUAGAUGAUCACUGGCGGGACAAAACGAGUGCAAUUCAAGUGCAGCAGCAGCAGAUGGAAACAAAACACAAACAAACAGUACAGACAGAAAAAGCCGAACAAGAACGCCUUGGUGCCGAAGAAUUACUCGGUUGUAAACUAACCAAUCACAGCCACUUCCAACCUGAGAGAUUUUCGGAACAUGAGGAUUGUGAUCCCGAUUCACCUUUUGUUUCCAUCAAACUGCAGGAAACCAUUUGUUAUCCUUUCGUGCUAACUCCCAAAGAGGGCAUAUCGGAUUUAUUCGACAUGAAUCCUCCGUCCACCGUUACGCUAGAGUCCCAAGACUCAACCAAUUCAAUUGAUCAAAACGGCACAGAACCAAGCAUGGCUUAGAACCUUUCGACAUAAAUUAAUUAUUCGGGAUUGUGAAUAGCUGUAGCAAAAAUAUAUCCUUCCUCCGAAUGUGCGGAAAAUUUCCAUGUCUAGGCUUAGUCAAUAAUUUAUGUGACCAAUUAUGUAUAUCAAGUUUAAAAUUAUACAUUUUUAUUCUGGAUCAUGAUGGUGGUAAUUGACGAACGAAACUGAUUAGCUUAUUUCUAUGCACUCGAGUUUGUUCGAGUAGUCCGUCAUUAUGCAGAAUAAUAGCGAUACGCAUCACACCACAGCAUGUUGUAGUCCACCAAUAACCGAAUACGAAUAUAGUCACUAAAGUAUAUAAUAUCCCGGAUAUAGUCACUAAAUAAAGUAUUCUAUGAUUGUUGCAAUAAA